AUGGAAGGUUACAAUUACCCAGUUGAGCCAUCUUCUGAGCACCAGGAGGGACGGGACACAGUCCACCAGCCCGUGUUGAACUCUGCAAUCUGGACGAGCCAUCCAGAUAAUAUCCCACCUCGCCGUGCAAUGUCUGGCGGAGAGGGUCAAAAUUUACCACUCUAUGAUCCUAACCUGGAUGCGAGAAACCAACAGCCGUUUCCAGUUCUCUUGAGUCCCAGGGUUGACCCUUCUGCGCCAUACUCCCAACCUACAUUUUUGCCAGAGCAGGUCGUUCAGCUUUUCACAAUCCAGCAACAAAACCAACUGAUCCUUUCCCAGAUCCUAACAAGCGUAGGCGACCCUGCAUUUUCGCAAGAGCAGGUCGCUCGGCUGCUUCUGAGAAUCCAACAACAAAACGAACUGUCCCUUUUCCAAAUUCAAUCAAGCAUGGGCAACCCUGGACAGCCACAAUAUCCAAUGACUCUGCAAUCUCCCUUACAUCAGCCAUCAGUGCCCCAGAGUACCGAAAGGGAUUCAGUAAUGAAACUGCAAGCACGAAUCAAAGAACUGGAACGGGAUGUCCAAAGUCCGGAAGAUACACCCGGCCCUUCCUCGCGUCAAUGUCAAAACAAGUCGCACUGUCCGAGGCACAAGGACCCGGUUCAAGUCACUUCAAGCCCUGCCCAGGAGUCCUAUGUCUCUCAUAGAUCUCCUGCCAAUCUCGGCAGCAGGCGAAGUCCAGGCCUAAUCAAUCCGAUCUCCCCGACAGGCCCAUUGCAAAAUAAGAGACUCUCUGGCCAAGAUUCCAAAACUUCAUCGAGGAACGUGAAAGGGGAAUCUAGUUCCGAAAGGAUCCUGAUACCAAAAACCUCAGUCCAAUCUAGUCAACCCACCAGUUCCAGGAAGCGGUCCCCAAGUCCUCUUGACCCCGAAUUGCUACCCUCGACGAAGAAGACUGCUGACCGCAAAGCAGUUAAAUCGGAGAAAUCCCUUGAUGAAAUGCUGGAGAAAGUCAACAGGUACCGGGAUGAAUUGCGUUUUCUACGCAAGCACAAGAAACGUUUACUCCGGCUUGUCGUGGCCCAGUUGAGGGAGUGCCGAGCUCUUCGAUACAUGUUGAGUAAAGCGGAAGCUGAGCUCGAGAAAGACCCGGACACAGCUGAUGUCAGGUCUAUAUUGGGACCACGAAUUCCAAGCACUCAAAUUUCAGACUACUUCAAGAUGGAGACUGAUGUGGAGGAAUCAAGCGGGGAAGAAUGA